AUGGUCACCAUGCAAAUGUCUGCGAUCCUUGGAGAGUUUGAGUGAGUCUCUUUUUAAACGCUUAAUUCGAAUAGUUAGACAUCGACUAAAUCAACUAAAUGACAUUUUCAUGGUUUUUAAGCAAGUAGGUUGAAAUAUUGGGUUCUAAUGUUAUUCAUAUGAUAUAAUGGUCUAAGACGAACAGAAUGAUAUAAAUUUUGAUGACUUUACGUUAUCCAUAAGUGAUUUAGCGACGUUUAGUCGAUAUUUAGUCGAUAAGCCGAGUCGAUCGACUAAACGUCGCUAAAUCACUUAUGGAUAACGUCCUAUCUAUCCUAUGAAUAACAUUAAAACCCAAUAUUUCAACUCACUUAGUCGAUUUAGUCGUUGUUCAAGUUUAUUCCAAUCAAAUUCAAUGGUUUUCAGCGUGAAAAACGAUAUAACCAUUUUAUCGAGAAACCGUCCCAAACUAAAACCAUUCAAAUUCGGUUAUCUAUCAAGAAAAGUUGAUUUGAAAACAGGAUUCGACUUGAACGAAGAAUAUGAAACUUCACAUGGUAUUCAUCAUAUUUUUAACUAUGUUAACAACACUAAAAUCAUGUCUAACUUAUACAAAGAUUUCAAUGAUACUGUAAGUGUAAUAUCUAUGAGUUUUGAAAAACAAUCAAUCAAUAAAUUUCAAUUUCAGAAAUAUUUAUUUGUCUGCGGUCGUUAUAUUCUCACCAAACUUGAAAAAUUCGCUAGAGGAGUUGAAGAAAGCUUCGAGAUUUUGGCAUUUCGUCGAGGAAAUGUUGUUUAUAUUGGAUCUAACAGAACGCUGGCCAAAAACAGGUUUUGUUUAAAAAACAUAUGAAUUUUCAUAUAAAUGUUUUCAGAGUCGUAAAUCCGAAACACAAACUGUCCAUUUACGCUGGAUUGAACUUUGGAAAAUAUUUCACUUAUAAUAAUAACAUUAAAAAUUCCGGCGACACCCAUUCAAUCGUAAGAAACAUCAGAUUAAACGACUCUUCCACAGAAUCCACUCAUUCUUUGCUUGUUUCUUCCACAGUUCGUGCUUUUGACGACAAAUGUAUGUUUUUUUAAUUGAGAACACAAAUAAUUCAUUACUCUUACAGCUAAUCCCAUCGAACUUCACACAAAAUGUGAGAGAAAAAGUUUCAAGAGAUGUAUGAUUGAUUGGAGUUUCAGUGCAGUACUUGCUGGAAGUUCGAAAAUUAUUUAUGGUUUACGAAACAACGAUUAUGAAUUGACAAGUAUUUGUCAUACUGAAAAAAUUUUGACUGAUCAUUCGGAUGCUUUGAAUGUAAUCCACAAAACACUCACAAGAAUCACGAAUCUCAUCGAAAAUGAAAGUUGUGUUUUGAUUACACCAAUUUAUGGCCAAAGAGAACUUUCAUUUCAAAAAGUUGACAUAGGAUACAUGAACAAAAGCGACCAAUGGUAA